AAAACUUCCAACGGUUGCGCUUUGUGCCUCGGACGCGAUUAGACCGGGUCAUCUUCGGAAAAAGGGGAAAAGAAGCAAAGAAGAAGUUAGAACCAGUAGUAGUGAGUUAAUAAGAUUGUUAGCUGAUGAAAUUUAGUACUAGUGACAAUUAAUGAGAGUUACUGACAUUUUUAUCUGGUAGUUUAUCAAUAGUUCGAGUAAAUGGUCGCGAUUAAAUAAAUGGCAAUGGAAGUUGUGGUAGUAGACGGCUUGUGUCAAAAACCAGUAAGCCCUACGAAAAUCGCCGGGAAGAGGGGGAUACCCAAAAAGUUAUUCCGAGUUCGCAUAUUUUCAGUAACGUGACCGUGAUCGUGACUUUACACGUGCAAAACAUAACCAUUUGAAAAAUAAAUUUGAGAAGAGCUAUAGGCAGUAACUUCUAAAGGAUUAACCAAGAAUCAUCAAUAAUGUCACAUAAGUCCAAGACCAGAAACGUGAUAAGGCCGCAGUACGAUAGUGAUAGUGGUUAUGAAUCAUAUGACGAACUUUCCCGAAGUCUAGGCAGAAAUCAGACCCCCAGCGAUGAAGAUGAAGACGAUGAGUUCUCUAGCAUCUCAUUUGGAGCCUUGAAUUCAGCUCAGAAGAAGUUGAUCUCUGAACAGAAGAAGCAGAAGGGGAAGAAAAAGAGCCAGAAAAAGUCUUCUGAAGAUAUAAGAGAGUUUCAUGAUGACGAAGUAGAUAGUGAGGAUGGUAGUGAAGAUGAUAGUGAUAGUGACAGUGAUAGCGAUAGUGAUGCAGCCCCUCGUGAACGAUCCACCAGUAGAAAACAAAUUGAUAAGAAGAAAAGAAGCAAACAUGCACCAGCAGUAGCAUCAUCUAAGCGACCCGUCAGUAAGAUUCGGGAAAUUCCCGGCUUAAAGUCUAAGAAAGACAGUACUUUAUAUACCGAUAUCCGAUUCGAUGCCGCAUACGGAAAGGCUGAUUUCAAUAAGAUCAGAAAGGACUAUGCAUUUCUUGAUGAAUACAGACAACAAGAGAUCAAAGAUAUGCAGUCUAUACUCAAAGAUAAGAAAUCGUCAGCAUAUUUACUGGAUAGACAACUAGAAGAUAUCCAAUUCAAAAUGCAAUCAUUAAAAUCAAGAGUGGAAACCAUGAAGAAUAGAGAUUUUGAAACUCAACUCUUACGAGACCAUAAGAAAGAACAAAUGGACAAAUUUAAGGCAGGUGAACAGAAUACUCCAUUCUUCCUUAAGAGAUCAGAUAAACGGAAGAUGUUACAAAAGGCAAGAUUCGAUAGAAUGAAGUCAUCUCAAAGAGAAAAGGUUAUGGAAAGGAAACGGAAGAAGAGAUUAGGGAAAGAAUUUCGACAAUUGGAAUUUAAUCGUCCUCAGCAUUGAUGAAUGUAUAUAUUAAAUAGAAGUACUAUAGACAAGAUAAAAUAAACUAAACUAAACU